GGCCGCCUUUCUGCCUCGGCUUGGCUGCUCUAGCUGCCUGUCUCGCGCACGGAGUUGCUGCCGCGGAGAUGGCGCUGAGCUCGGCCUGGAAGCAAAUGUCGUGGCUUUAUUACCAGUAUCUCCUGGUCACCGCGCUCUACAUGUUGGAGCCCUGGGAGCGGACGGUGUUCAAUUCCAUGUUAGUAUCCAUCCUUGGAAUGGCUCUUUACACUGGUUAUGUUUUCAUGCCUCAGCAUAUUAUGGCCAUAUUACACUAUUUUGAAAUUGUGCAGUGAUGAACAUCACAAGCAGUGACCAGUCAGAAGCUAAGGACCAGACUGUUUAGAAGAACUGACCAUCUACAAUUAAGUAUUUCUACAGAUGAUAAAGCAAGCAACAUGUGGUGAUUGCCAGUUGUGCACACAGAGUAAUGCAACACGCCUUGAGUUCUGGUGGCGUUUUCUUCCUUUACAAAAUUCCUUGUAUAGUAAUUUUUGUGUAAUAUUGUGAUUGUUUGUACCUUUGAUAUCAGUAUUUUCUUAACUUUGUGAUAGUCUCAGUAUUACACUGUGAAAGCUUUUCUUAAUGUAACUUUGAGUACAUUUUGCCUUCUAUUUUUAAUCAAAAAUCAUCUAAUUAAGUGGGGCUUAAAGCUUUUGCUAUUGUAUAGUAUAUGUCCAUCUGGAUAUAUUUCUAGUGACACAUUUUGUAAGAAAAAAGUGUUUAGAUUCAUAUGGAGAUGUGGAUAUAUUCAUGGAAUCUUUCUUACAAAACCUUGUUUGUAAGACCUAACUCAGGUGCUUCAAUUGCUAUCUGGACUGUUCAAUGGAAUAUUUGGUAUCUAUUUUGCUUUAGCAAUAAAUGGAAAGUUUUUUGUGUUCUAUUUGGAGAAGAAUGUAACAACUUAUUACUGUAUGUAUGGAACAACAUUGUGUAAAGGAAAAGUACUGGACCCAACCUUUGUCUGCACAUAAAAGAUUUAGUUUAUUUUAUGCAUGCCAUCUGGAGUUUUGUGAUAGCACCAUAAUGCUGCUAAUAUAGCUUCUAAUUGAACUAUACUUGUAUAUGUUAAUUUUUCAAAGAGCAUAUUUUAAUAUAGACUGAGUAAAAAGACCGUGGCUACGGCUAUUGUCUAUAGUAUAAUCAUGUCUGUAUUGUAAACCUAUUGUUGUAACUAUUGUUCAAACUCCUUUGAAUACUUAGAUCAAAUGACCAAAACAUAAAGUUUGACGUGAACUUGAGUUAAAACCUACAGCAAUAAGGAGCUGUCUACUAGGCUUAAGUCUUGUCUUAGUUUUUAUAGCUUUUUUCAGAUUUGUAUUCUGAGGUGUAAGAUGGCAAUUUUUAAGGUGGGGGUUAUUUCCCCCCCCCCCCCAAAAUAAAAGCUGAAAGCAGAA